AUGAUCAGUAAACUAGUGCAGGAGGUAGGAAUAAUGAUCAGUAGACUGGUGAAGGAGGUAGGAAUAAUGAUCAGUAAACUGGUGCAGGAGGUAGGAGUAAUGAUCAGUAGACUGGUGAAGGAUGCAGGAGUAAUGAUCUGACCAUUGCAGGAGGUAGGACUAAUGAUCAGUAAACUGGUGCAGGAGGUAGGAGUAAUGAUCAGUAAACUGGUGCAGGAGGUAGGACUAAUGAUCAGUAGACUGGUGCAGGAGGUAGGAGUAAUGAUCAGUAGACUGGUGAAGGAUGCAGGAGUAAUGAUCUGA